AUGGCGUAUAUCACCGACGGGCUCUCCCCCCCAUUGAGCUCCGGUUCCUCCGCCCAGUCCCCGGAAUACAACUCCUCCGACUCCUCGCUCCCCCCGGUCCCCCAUUCGAGUCACCAUCCGGUUAUCCUCCUUCGCCCGGACGCCAGCCAGGCGUCCUCGACCGCCAAAACGGACCAUGGCCUCCCCCUCGCCGCGUCCCGCGGCCCGCUAAACGGGACCUACCACAUCCCUCCGCGGCCCAAGCCCGGCCGCAAGACCGUCAACGAGGUGCCGCCGACCAAGCGGAAGCAGCAGAACCGGGAAGCGCAACGGUCGUUCCGGGCGAGACGGCAGCAGCAGAAAGAACAAUUGGAGCAGGAUGCGGUGAAUAAUAAGAAAGAGCGGGAUGAUUAUGAGGGGCGGUUGGAGAUGGCGAGUCGGCAGUUGACGCAGCAGGAGCAGGUGAUUCAUGGGCUGCAACAGCGGUGCGAGGCGGCGGAGGGGUCGGCGGGUCGGAUGAAUGGAGAGCUGGUGGAGAUGCGAGCGAGGUUGGUGGAGGCGGAGAAGACGGUCCGGGGGAAAGAUGAGGUGAUAGAACGGUUGAGACGGCAGAUUCAGAUGGGUUCGAAUGGCUCAUCGAACGCUGCGGCUCACCGAUCGUAUUCAGUCGAUCAGAGUUAUGUCGGACAGACGCAAUAUUCAUCGGAGCAUCGACGGUCGGAGACUACAAGCUAUCCCGGCUUCAGCUCUACACCAUCACAGACACCGUCCUCAGAUGCCACGGAGUUGCCGGCCGACGCCGCUCCUUUCAAACCCUCGCCGGCGAAACAAUCCAAGCGGGCUCCAGAUGGCUGCGAUAACUGCACCGAAGACCAGUGUCCCUGCGUCGAGCAAUUCACAAACGCCAACCCCGAACAAAAGCGCUUCUGCGAAGAACUCUCCCGCCGCCGCGCCCCGUUGUCCAUUCGCGAGAUGACCAACCCCUCCGACGUCCCCCCGCACGCGAAGCGCCCGCGCCUGUCCGCCGCCGCCGCGCCACCCCCAGACGCCACCCCUUGCGCCACCGAAACCAAGCGCGGAACGACGCUCGACGGCGACGGCCGCGAGGUGAAGAUCACGUGUGCGGAGGCGUUCCAGGUGUUUCAGUCGUAUCGGGAGACGGAGAUGCGGGAGCGGGAGCGGGAAGAGGAGGAGGAGGAGAAAAGGAAAGGGUUUUCGGCGUUUGAGAUUGGGGUGGGGGAGGCGUUGAUGGCGAUGGCGGCCAUGAAGUCGGGGAGGAAGGGGGAUGUGGAGAUGGGAGAUGGGUGA